CAACGCCGCCAACCCAGGUAAUCAACUCCUCAAGGUGCCAGCAUGUCACCCCAAUGAAGAAGGUGGAAUCACCUGCUGCUCCCCCAAAGAAAGUGGAACUCCCUUCUGCUCCACCUGCAAAGAAAGUAGGACCCUCCGAGGCUGACGACGAAGAUGAGGAUGACGACAUUGACCUAUUUGGCAGUGGGGACGAAGAGGAAGACCAGGAGGCUGCCAAAGUUCGGGAAGAGCGACUACGCCAGUAUGCGGAGAAGAAGUCUAAAAAGCCUGGCCUCAUUGCCAAGUCUUCCAUCCUUCUGGAUGUCAAGCCUUGGGACGAUGAAACUGACAUGGCAAAGAUGGAGGGCGUCCGGUCCAUUCAGAUGGAGGGCCUGGUUUGGGGAGCUAAGUUGGUUCCAGUGGGUUAUGGUAUUAAGAAGCUCCAGAUCCAGUGAGUGGAGGAUGACAAGGUUGGAACAGACAUACUGGAGGAGGAGAUCACUAAGUUUGAAGACUACGUGCAGAGUGUUGACAUAGCGGCUUUCAACAAGAUCUAAGAGCUAACGCUUAUC